AUGAAGCUGGUGAAAGGUCCAGAGGCCCCUUUGAUGGGCAGUAAUUCCUUCUGUCAGCUGACUCCCUCUGCCUUCCAGGAGGAGAUGUCUCUCACCACCAAGCAGAGGCUGGCCAGAACUCGGGAGAUGAGGCUGCCCCAGGUUGUCCAGAUUCCAGACAUGAUUGACCUGGACCAGACCUUGUUUCAGCCUUUCCCAUCAGAGGUGGGAUUUCAGAACUAUGUCCCCAGUGAGGUCUGUGGAAUGCCACUGGUUCUGAGGAACAGGGACAAGGUUCCUCACCCAGUAAAGCUCACCUUGGAGAACUCAGCUUAUUUCAAGCUGUUUGGUCCCAGUGGUGUAUGCUUAUUAUUUCCACCAGCUCCUCUGUGUUACCAAAUAGAAAACUUCAUUGUGCCAGUCCAGGCCAUUGGCUCCCAAGCUGUCCUGGACUUCCCUGAUCAGCUGGACUUCUCAGUCUGUCCAGUUAACUACAACACCCAGAAGACUCUGCUGGUUUGCAACCUUGGUAACUGGGAAGCUCAGUACCACAUCAGCACUCAGAGCCCUUUCUCUGUCAUUCCAGCUGUUGGAACUCUCAGUGUUGGCAACACCAUGCAAAUGACAGUGGAAUUUCACCCGCUGCAGACUGGGGAUCAUUCUGCAUCCCUGGUAGUGCACUACGACACAGGUGAAGAUAUCCACACAAGCCUUCAAGGAACAGCUGUGAAUGUCCACAUUGGGCUGGACAGGAACUCUGUGACAGUGGAGAAGACUUACCUCACACUGUCAAGUCACGGAACUGUGGUCAUCUACAAUCGGAGUAAUGUCCCAGCCCACUUCCAGUGGAGGGCUUUUGCCACUCAGGAGGAGGAGGAUUGGCAGAGGCUGAGGCUGUGUCAGCAGCAAAAGGACAAGGUGGAUGAUUUUCUAAAGGAAUGCAAAGUAGACACCAGUCACCAAGAACACCUUUCCCUUCUCUUCUGCAUCUUCCAGAGAGAGAGGGCAAAGGUGCAAGGAGAUCCCAUGCUGUCCUCUGAUGACAUUUGCACCAUUGAACCAGUGGAGGGAGAGAUCCAUCCGAGUUCUUCGGCUGAAAUCACUGUGAUCUUUAAACCCCAAGAAGCCCGAGUCUAUAAACAAGCAGCUCAGGAGGGCCUCAUUGCACCGGAUGGGGUCCAGGCCAUCCAGAUCUCUUUCAGUUCCACCGUCCUGGGGGAGUUCAAGGAGGAAUUCUGGUUCAGUGUGACUGGAUCUCCUAAGCCUGUGACCUUGGCUAUCAG